GACCCAUCUGACCUGACUUGGAGAUAUGAGCUCUUCCAGCCCCGAUCAGCGUUUGGAGCAUCUGCUCAGCGCCGUGGAGAGCGAGUUCCAGAAAGGCAGCGAGAAAGGAGACGUCACCGAGAGAGAUAUUAAGUUAACGCUGGAGGACGCGGAGCUGUGGAACAAGUUUAAAGAGUUAACCAACGAGAUGAUCGUCACCAAGACUGGGAGGAGGAUGUUCCCGGUUCUGCGGGUCAGCGUCUCCGGCCUGGACCCGAACGCCAUGUACUCGGUGCUGUUAGACUUCGUUGCAGCGGAUAACAACCGAUGGAAAUACGUGAACGGGGAAUGGGUCCCCGGGGGCAAGCCGGAGCCGCAGAGCCCCAGCUGCGUCUACAUCCAUCCAGACUCCCCAAACUUCGGAGCGCACUGGAUGAAGGCGCCGGUCUCCUUCAGCAAAGUUAAACUGUCCAACAAGCUGAACGGCGGAGGACAGAUCAUGCUGAACUCUUUGCACAAAUAUGAGCCGAGGAUCCACAUCGUGAAGGUCGGAGGCAUCCAGAAGAUGAUCAGCAGCCAGUCUUUCCCAGAAACCCAGUUUAUCGCUGUCACUGCCUACCAGAACGAAGAGAUCACUGCUCUGAAGAUAAAACACAACCCCUUUGCCAAAGCUUUUCUGGAUGCCAAAGAAAGGAGUGACCAUAAAGAAGUGUCUGACCAGACUACGGACAGCCAACAGUCCGGAUAUUCUCAACUUGGGGGUUGGUUCCUUCCAGGCCAGAGUCCCAUUUGCCCCAACAGCAGCCCCCCUCAGUUCAGUGGCACUGCAGGCCACCCGUCAGGCUCCUACUGCGAGCGCUACUCCAGCCUGAGGAGCCACAGAGCGGCUCCCUACCCCAGCCACUACCCCCACCGCAGCUCCAGCACCAACAACUACAUGGACAACAACUCGGGGACUCUGCCGACUCAUGACAGCUGGUCUGCCCUUCAGAUCCCCAACUCCACAGGCAUGGGUACUCUGUCUCAUACCAGCAACUCCACAUCCAACACCGGUCAGUACCCCAGCCUCUGGUCGGUAGCUGGCACCACGCUCACCCCUUCUGGCUCUUCCUCCAGCUCCGUGCCUGGAGGUUUGACCUCUCAGUUCCUGAGGGGCUCCUCCUACACGGGUCUGACCUCCUCUCUACCCGUCUCCUCGCCGUCCUCCAUGUACGAGCCCAGCUUGAGCGAGGUUGGAGUAGGGGAUGCCCAGUUUGAGAGCUCCAUCGCCAGGCUCACAGCGAGCUGGGCGCCUGUAGCUCAGAGCUACUGAAGCAGCUCUCAGGCUUCACCUCUUCCUGUCUGACCUUUAGGAAGCAUGGAGCUUUGGUACAGACUAAGAUCCCAGAUCACUUAUUGCAGUUCCUCGAAAAAGUAACUGAAUAGACUCAUUUGGGAUAGACAGUGCAAUGUGUACACUGUUCUGCUUUCUUACAGCCAAAAAGAUUGUUUUUUUUUUGUUUUUUUCUCCACACUUAACUUUGCAAAUUAAAUAAGACACUUUUAAACCCUGUUUAAGUAAUGGUCUGUCGACUGGCGCAGGGUAGUUUCUGCAGCCAAGAAAAUUCAUGACAUAAACUAAUUUCAUAUGUAGACAGACAUUAGGUUAUGAAUGUUAACUUGCUCUUAGGAAGCUACAAAGUUAUUUUCCACCAUAUUCAUUACAUUUUAUAUCAUUGUUAACCCUAAAAAAACAACAAAAAAAAGGUCCUAACUAACGUGAAUAUGUACAUGUGUGUAUAUAGAGUAAAUUAAUGUGUGUAUUUUCCAUUCAUUGUGCCUUUUACUGUACGAUCGAUUCCAAAGUGCCUUCUGGAUGCUGGCAGGCUUUAGAUGAGUCCGCUGCCU